CAGGAAAGAUGCCCGGGGUCUUGCCGAGUGACAGCAGCACCGGGCCUGCGAGAGGGAGCCCCUCGAAGAAGAACAGGCUCUCGCUGAAGCUCUUCCAAAAAAAGGAAGCGAAAAGAGCACUGGAUUUUUCCGAGUCCCAGGAAAAUGAGCAAAAGAGUCCGGAGUUCAGAGGCUCUGAGAUCGAUCAGGUGGUUCCUGCAGCACAGCCUCCCGCCCUCGUCAGCUGUGAGAAAAAAGACAACAUGUUGCCGUUUGUGGGCUUGAACAAUCUGGGUAACACGUGUUACCUGAACAGCGUCCUUCAGGUAUUGUACUUCUGUCCUGGUUUUAAAACUGGAGUAAAACACUUAUAUAAUAUCAUUUCGAAGAAGAAAGAAUCUUUGAGGGAUGAAGGAGAGCAGAAAGCAGAAAAGGGAAGUUGCAAAGAAGACCCACUGGCAAGCUACGAGCUCAUCUGCAGUUUGCACUCGCUGAUCCUCUCAGUUGAGCAGCUUCAAGCCAGCUUUCUCUUGAAUCCAGAAAAAUACACCGAUGAACUCGCUACGCAGCCACGGAGGCUACUGAACACCCUGAGGGAGCUCAACCCUAUGUACGAAGGCUACUUGCAGCAUGACGCCCAGGAGGUUCUGCAGUGUAUCCUGGGUAACAUUCAGGAAACAUGUCAGCUACUGAAGAAGGAAGAAUUGAACAAAAUGCCCGUUGAAGAGCCUGCAGCGAAGCUGGAGGAAAAACUUAAUCACAAUCCUGAGAGCAAUGGAACUGCCAGCGCUGCCGAGGAGGAGGAGAACGUACCGAGUAACCACGUCGGAGCGAUAGCUGAGGACAAGCUACUCAAAGGAAACGGGAAAAGAAAAAGCGAUGCCGAGGGUGGCAAUGCAAAGAAAAAAUCCAAAGUGUCAAAGGAGCAGAUUGCAGCAGAAGAAAAUCAAAGACAAACCAGGUCGAAGAGGAAAGCAACGGGAGAAAAGCUUGAAAAUCCAAGCGAUGCCAUCGCCAAGUGUUCCAGUGAAAACGAGAGCGCGAAGCCAACGCAGAAAAAGUCGCGGCUUAGAUUAAACUGGCUAAAAUCCUCCUGCAAGCAGCCUAGUAUUCUGUCGAAAUUUUACAGUCUAGGCAAGUUAACUACAAACUUGGGAUCCAAAGACCCAGGAAAAGAGUGUGACGACUGUGAGCUUGAGGAGCCGGCCGUAAAGCGCGAAAAUGGAGACAAUAUUAAGGCAGAAUACCGUGAGCCAGCGUCUCUGGUGGAAAGCCAUCAUGAAAAAGGAACUGAAAAAGAGCCAAAAAAGGAAGGUACGGAGCUGGCUGUUUUUGAACUAGUGGAGAAACUCUUCCAGGGCCAGUUGGUACUGAGAACGAGAUGCCUGGAGUGCGAGUGCUUCACUGAAAGAAGAGAAGAUUUCCAGGACAUUAGUGUUCCAGUGCAGGAAGAUGAACUUUCUAAAACUGAAGAGAGUUCUGAAAUUUCCCCAGAGCCGAAAACGGAAAUGAAGACACUUAAGUGGGCAAUCUCACAGUUUGCAUCAGUGGAAAGGAUUGUGGGAGAGGAUAAAUAUUUCUGUGAAAACUGCCACCACUACACAGAAGCAGAGCGCAGCCUUUUAUUCGACAAAAUGCCUGAAGUUAUAACCAUUCACUUGAAGUGCUUUGCUGCUAGUGGCCUAGAGUUUGACUGCUACGGCGGGCUCUCCAAGAUAAACACGCCCUUACUGACGCCCCUCAGGCUCUCGCUGGAAGAGUGGAGCACGAAGCCGACCAACGACACCUACGGGCUGUUCGCAGUGGUGAUGCACAGCGGCAUCACCAUCAGCAGCGGACACUACACGGCUUCCGUCAAAGUGACCGACCUGAACAGCCUGGAGCUAGAGCGGGGGAACUUCAGCACCGCCCGAACACACGCGGCGCUUACGCCGGAACCGCUGGAUGAGGGGGAGGCGAGAGCUGCUGCAGACGACUACGACGACGGCGAAGUCUCUUUUAGAGUCGGUGGGAACGCACAGCCGGGUAAAGUCCUGAGCAAGAAGAACGUGGAAGCUGUCGGACUUCUUGGGGGGCAGAAGAGCAAGCCCGACUGUGACCUGUACGCCACCAAACCCGCUAACCCCGACAAGUUUCUUAACGUCGUUCCUGAAAGCAGAAAUCCCGAGUCCAGCAGCGGAAGCGCGGAGUGCAGCGCAGAAGGCGGCGAGCAGAGCGGUGUCGCUUCCGGCGGACUAGAGAACAGAGCUCCGUGCGUACUGCAGAGCCUGAGGGAGUACGAGGGGAAGUGGUUGCUCUUCGACGAUUCUGAGGUGAAGGUCACUGAAGAAAAGGACUUUCUGAAUUCUCUGUCUCCGACGUCGUCGUCUACGUCAACUCCUUACCUGCUGUUUUAUAAGAAAAUUGUAGAGUGA